AUGAAUACUCAAGGAAGUUUAACAACAUUAUCAUCACCACCAUCAUCGGCUGCUAUAUCAACAAUAAGUAUUGAUAAACAUGAACCCGAUCCAGAUGCUAUUAAGAUGUUUUGUGGUCAAAUUCCACGUAAUAUGCAUGAAUCAGAAUUACGUGAAAUGUUUGAACAGUUUGGUCCUGUCUUUCAAUUAAAUGUUUUACGUGACAAACAAACUGGUGAAUCAAAAGGUUGUUGUUUUGUUACAUUUUAUUCUCGAAAAUCAGCAUUAGAUGCACAAAAUGCUUUACAUAAUUUACGUACAUUAAACGGUAGUCAUCAUCCAAUACAAAUGAAACCAGCUGAUACAGAAAAUCGAAAUGAAAGAAAAUUAUUUGUUGGAAUGGUAUCAAAAAAUUUAGAUGAACAAAAUAUUCGUGCACUUUUCCAAUCAUAUGGAAUUAUUGAAGAUUGUACAGUAUUACGAGAUGCUAAUGGCAAAAGUCGAGGUUAG